UUAUAAUUUCUAUCUCUACUUCUAUUGUUCUACACCAUUCGUCUCUCUCUUUAAACUCCCUAUAAGUCUGUAACUCGUCUACCACCACGAAACUUUGAAUCCCGAAGCUGCCACCACCGUCAUUGCGUCUCCUCUCUCUCCCUACCGCCCUUGUAACUCUGCUCUCCCUCUCGCUUUAAAUGGAAAUCUGAAAAACACAACAAAUCACGGUACUAAUUGAAGGUGGAGGAAGAAUUUUUGGAGAAAUAAUUUGAUUUUGUUUCCGGUGAAUCAAACAUUUGAAAAAAUUUAAGGUGGAGGAAGGAAAAAUGAGAGAAGAAAUGGAGGAUUCGAACUGUAAUUGAGGAGAAAAAAGGACGGGAGCAAAAAAAUCAAUAACUGGGGCGACGAUGGAGUCUUGUGCAAGGGGUGCAUCGUCUGUGUGUGUUUGUUGUUGUUCUUGUCCAAUCAAACAUAAGCAGCGAGGAAUUGAUGUUAAAGGAAGUGGGGGUCGUCGUGUAGGUGUAGUGGGUGUAGGUGUAGUAGGUGUAGUAGGUCUAGGUCUAGGUCUAGGCAGCAUAGUUCAUGAUCAGCAUCGAAGAGGGGAACUAGUACAGGUAAGGGCAGCAGCACAGGGAGGAGGCCUUCUGAAUUUGGGAAAUAUGUUGUUCAAUUUCAAGGGUGGCGACCCUGCUGAAUCCACCAGGCAGCAGUAUGCAUCCACCGUCUCUCUCAUUAAUCAGUUGGAACCCCAAAUUUCUGCUCUUUCUGAUUCCCAACUCAGAGACCGGACUUCUCUCCUUCGCCAGCGCGCUCUUUCCGGCGAAUCUCUAGACUCUCUUCUUCCGGAAGCCUUUGCUGUUGUCAGGGAAGCCUCCAAGAGGGUCUUAGGCCUUCGUCCCUUUGAUGUGCAACUCAUUGGAGGCAUGGUCCUCCACAAAGGAGAAAUAGCAGAAAUGCGAACUGGAGAAGGCAAGACAUUAGUUGCCAUAUUACCGGCCUAUCUCAAUGCUUUGACUGGUAAAGGAGUUCAUGUUGUCACUGUUAAUGAUUAUUUAGCCCGCCGUGAUUGUGAGUGGGUUGGUCAAGUUCCUCGUUUUCUUGGUCUCAAGGUUGGCCUUGUUCAGCAGAACAUGCCAAGUGAAGUAAGGAGGGAAAAUUACUUGUGUGACAUCACAUAUGUCACUAACAGUGAGCUUGGAUUUGAUUUUUUGAGAGAUAACCUUGCCACGAGUGUCGAUGAGCUCGUACUCAGGGGUUUCAAUUUCUGCGUUAUUGACGAGGUGGAUUCUAUACUUAUUGAUGAAGCAAGAACUCCGUUGAUUAUAUCUGGAUCUGCUGAAAAGCCUAGUGAUCGUUACUAUAAAGCAGCAAAAAUUGCAGCUGCCUUCGAACAAGACGUACACUAUACAGUUGAUGAGAAGCAGAAAACAGUUCUACUCAUGGAGCAGGGGUAUCAAGAUGCUGAAGAGAUUCUAGAUGUUGAGGAUUUGUAUGAUCCUCGAGAGCAAUGGGCACUAUACAUUCUCAAUGCAAUCAAGGCGAAAGAACUAUUUUUGAAAGAUGUGAACUAUAUAAUUCGUGGUAAUGAGAUCCUUAUAGUGGACGAGUUCACUGGCCGGGUAAUGCAGGGGAGGCGAUGGAGUGAUGGGCUUCACCAGGCUGUGGAAGCCAAAGAAAGUUUACCUAUACAAAAUGAAACAAUAACAUUGGCUUCAAUUAGCUAUCAGAACUUCUUUCUUCAGUUCCCUAAACUUUGUGGGAUGACCGGCACCGCCGCUACUGAAACUGCAGAAUUUGAGAGUAUAUACAAACUCAAAGUUACUAUUGUUCCCACGAACAAACCCAUGAUACGGAAGGAAGAAUCCGAUGUUGUGUUUAGAGCCACAACUGGAAAAUGGCGGGCGGUUGUGGUGGAAAUAUCAAGAAUGCACAAGACAGGACGACCGGUGCUUGUGGGGACAACAAGUGUUGAGCAGAGCGAAUUACUGUCUGAGCAAUUGCAUCAAGCUGGUAUCUCUCAUGAGGUUCUCAAUGCAAAACCUGAGAAUGUUGAAAGAGAAGCAGAGAUUGUGGCCCAAAGUGGUCGCUUAGGAGCAGUAACUAUUGCUACAAAUAUGGCUGGUCGUGGAACAGACAUCAUUCUUGGCGGUAAUGCUGAAUUUAUGGCAAGGCUGAAAAUUCGAGAGAUGCUUAUGCCAAGGGUAGUUAGGCCAGGUGAUACAGGAUUUGUUUCCUUGAAGAAGCCUCCUCCUAUGAAAACUUGGAAGGUAAAAGAAACUUUGUUCCCUUGCAAACUGUCUCUUGAAAACACCAAAUUGGUUGACGAAGCAGUGCAAUUGGCUGUAAAAACCUGGGGGAAGAGGUCAGUAAGUGAGCUUGAAGCAGAGGAAAGACUUUCUUACUCAUGUGAAAAGGGUCCUGCUCAAGAUGAAGUCAUUGCAAAGCUUCGCCAUGCAUUUCUGGAAAUUGCUAAAGAGUAUAAAACUUACACAGACGAAGAGAAGAAAAAGGUGGUGUCAGCUGGCGGGCUUCAUGUCAUUGGAACUGAACGCCAUGAAUCACGUCGUAUUGACAAUCAGUUACGUGGUCGAAGUGGGAGGCAAGGGGAUCCUGGAAGUUCUCGCUUCUUCCUUAGCCUUGAAGAUAACAUCUUUCGGAUAUUUGGUGGUGACCGUAUACAAGGUCUUAUGAGAGCUUUUAGAGUUGAAGACUUGCCCAUUGAGUCAAAGAUGCUGACGAAAGCACUUGAUGAAGCUCAGAGGAAAGUGGAAAAUUAUUUUUUUGAUAUACGGAAGCAAUUAUUUGAGUAUGAUGAAGUAUUAAACAGCCAAAGAGACCGAGUUUAUGUGGAGAGAAGGCGAGCCCUUGAGUCUGACAGUCUUGAAUCCCUGCUUAUUGAGUACGCUGAGCUAACAAUGGAUGAUAUACUAGAGGCAAAUAUUGGUUCUGAUGUGCCGAAGGAAAGCUGGGAUCUUGAAAAGCUCAUUGCAAAACUUCAACAGUAUUGUUAUCUGUUGAAUGAUUUAACCCCACAGUUGCUCUCAGACAACUGUUCAACUUACGAAGAUUUGCGAGAUUACCUUCAUCGUUGUGGUCGUGAGGCAUACCUGCAGAAAAAGGAAAUGGUGGAAAAACAAGCACCAGGCCUGAUGAAGGAAGCAGAGCGAUUUCUUAUCUUGAGCAACAUUGAUCGCUUAUGGAAGGAACACUUGCAAGCUAUUAAAUUUGUUCAGCAAGCUGUAAGCCUUCGUGGUUAUGCACAAAGGGAUCCACUCAUAGAAUACAAGCUGGAGGGCUACAAUCUCUUCUUAGAAAUGAUGGCACAGAUAAGAAGAAAUGUUAUCUACUCCGUUUACCAGUUUCAACCGGUGUUGGUGAAGGAUCAAGAGCAGCAGAAGAAGGGAAACUUCGAUAGCAAUGUAAAAGAUAGUAAAACUGGUGAUGCAAAUCCUAAUCCACUCAGUUCUGUGGAAUCCUCAUCAUCUGCUAGUGUUUAAAAUAAAUCCUCUUUCUUCCCCCGAAUUAGCGCCUCUGAAUUGAUUGCUGCUUACUCCUCUGUGUAAAUUAGAACUACUAAAAUUGCUAAAGUAUGUCAGUUUAAUAAUAUACUAUGAAGCACAAAUGUGCUAUGAUAUAAAUGUACAAAAAGUUUUUUUUUUUUAUAUAGAUAACGUUUCUUACUUUAGUUUAUUGUAAUGAAAAUUUUCAUUUUUUAACAUAUUAAUUUUUCUGGUCA